CUCUCUCUCUCUGUGGCGCGCGCGUGUCUCUCCGUGCUCGCGCUGCUGGUUGAGCGCGCCGAGUGUGUGAUGGUGAGUGUAUGAUGGUGUGUGUGUGGGGCGCGCGGGCGAGCUGCUCGAGCCCUCAGUGCGGCCGCCAUGGACGUGUUCAGCUUCGCGAGGAUGAGCAGACUGACCGGCCACAGGACCAAAACCCUCGGGUGUCCCUCGUCCUCCGGGGGCUGGACCUCCUCCCAGGGACCCCUGAACGGCUGGGACAUGGCGUCCAGUAGAGACGGCCGCGACUGCUUCAUCGAUCACGUCUCUCAGACCAGCUCACUGGAGGAGGUGCGUCUGGGUCUGGACGGGGAUAGGUUAGUGCCCCCAGCGCCCCGGAAGGUUGAGAUGAGACGGGAUCCGGUGUUGGGCUUUGGCUUCGUGGCAGGAAGUGAGAAACCGGUGGUGGUCCGCUCCGUCACCCCAGGGGGUCCUUCUGAGGGCAAGCUCAUUCCUGGAGACGAGAUAGUCAUGAUAAACGACGAGGCGGUCAGUUCUGCUCCCAGAGAGCGAGUCAUCGACCUGGUCAGGAGCUGCAAGGAGGCCAUUGUUCUGACGGUUGUUCAGCCGUAUCCUUCACCCAAGUCUGCCUUCAUCAGCGCUGCCAAAAAGGCCAAGCUGAAGUCCAACCCGGUCAAAGUGCGUUUCGCCGAGGAGGUCAUUAUUAACGGUCAAGUACCUGAAACCGUGAAGGACAACUCGCUUCUCUUCAUGCCAAACGUUCUGAAGGUGUACCUUGAAAACGGACAGACGAAAUCCUUCAAGUUCGACUCCAACACCUCAAUCAAGGACGUCCUCCUGACCCUGCAAGAGAAGCUCUCCAUUAAAAGCUCCGAGCACUUUUCUCUGAUGCUGGAGCAGAAGACGGAAGGUUCCAGCACCAAGCUGAUGCUGCUGCAUGAGCAGGAGAUGCUAACUCAGGUCACGCAGAGGCCGGGCUCACACAAGAUGAAAUGCUAUUUCCGCAUCGCCUUCGUGCCGAAGGAUCCAGUGGACCUGCUGAGGCGUGACCCAGUGGCAUUCGAGUACCUUUAUGUACAGAGCUGUAAGGAUGUGGUUCAGGAGCGGUUCGGCUCAGAGCUGAAGUACGAUACGGCUCUGCGGUUGGCGGCGCUGCAGAUGUACAUUCUGACCCUCUGCACCAAAAACACGCAGAAGGUCUCCCUGAAAUACAUCGAGAAAGAAUGGGGUUUGGCCCUCUUCCUUCCUCCAGCAGUGCUUUCCAGCAUGAAGGAGAAAAACAUCAAGAAGGCCAUCACACACAUCCUGAAAACCAACCAGAACCUGGUGCCGCCUGGUAAAAAGCUGACGGCUCUGCAGGCGAAGGUUCACUACCUGAAGUACCUCAGUGACCUCAGGCUGUACGGAGGGAGAGUCUUUAAGUCCACACUGCUCCAAGGGGAAAAACACACGGAGGUGACUCUGCUGGUCGGCCCGCGGCACGGCAUCAGCCACGUCAUCAACACCAAAACCAACCUGGUGGCCCUGCUGGCAGACUUCAGCCACGUCAACCGCAUCGAGAUGUACACGGAGGACGAGAGGAACGUCAGGGUGGAGCUCCACGUGCUGGACGUGAAGCCCAUCACACUUAUAAUGGAGUCCAGUGAUGCCAUGAACCUGGCGUGUCUGACCGCCGGCUACUACAGGCUGCUGGUGGACUCACGGCGCUCCAUCUUUAACAUGGCCAACAACAACACAGGAGGCCAUGACUCCCGUGAAAAGCACAACUACCAGGCGAUUGAGUGGAAUUAUGGGUCGUGUAGUGGCUGCGAGGACCACAGCAGGGACCUGUCAGAGCCGGACUCGGAAUACAACGUCUGUGGGAGGCGAGACGGUGAUGUUGCUCCAAUCUACAUCACCGAGCUCCACCAAUCACAGCGGCCGAUCAGGGGAAGCCAUGCCCACACCCAUGGGCAUCCUCAGCCCUUCUACAGCACCAGCAGACCCAAGCCCCAGGGGUCGCCCCGGAGCGCAAAGGUGUCCUUCAUAUUUGGGGACCCUCUGCUGGACAGUGUGAACCCGCAGAACUUGGGCUACCAGAGGCUGAUGGAGGACAUCCCAGAGGUUCUUGAUGAGCACAGGUCAGUGUAUGGACAGCAGGAGGACUAUAAGCCCUUGGACCCAUCGAUGGACAUGGUUGAUGGCUUCCAGUAUGGUGCUCACAUGGUCUAUGGUGAUGCUAAAAUCUUCGGCACCACUGAGGGCAUUGAGGAGCCACUGCUGCAUGACAUCUGCUACGCUGAAACAACGGACGAUGCUGAGGACGAUGAUGACGUCAGCUGCGAAGAGGACAUGACGAUGAUGGGGGAAUUGAGGGACAAAGCAACCUCGCUGCUUUCCCUUUCUGAAUCCAGCGACGAUAUCAUCGAUUUGACCUCCCUCCCGCCGCCACCAGAGGGCAACGACGAGGAAGACAACGAUGUCCUUUUGCAGUCCUUAAACCUGGCCAUAGCUGCUCCGCCGCCGGGGUUCAGGGACAGCUCGGACGAAGAUGAGCACCAGGGAACACAAGCGGGGCACAGGAAGAACCAGAGUGACAUCCCAGUGUCUCUGAUUGAUGCUGUGCCGAUGCAGGUCAGCAGGGGGACGGAAGAAGUUCUGGAUGAUGCCGUGGUCUCCACCCUGCAGGCACUGGAGGCCUUGGCGGCUUCCGAAGACCAGUCGCACCCACAAUCGGACAAUAGUUCAGGUGUAGAAAUAUCUCGGUCCUUUAGCCCCGAGUCCGCUUCAGAUUCUGGAAAUGAGACUAAUUCCUCUGAAAUGACAGAGAGCUCCGAGCUGGCGACAGCUCAGAAACUCUCCGAAAACCCUCUGAAAAUGUUUGUAGCUACAGCUGAAGGGUAUCAAACGCUCUCCGAAGAGAAGACCGAGUUUCAGUUAACCGCUUGUGACGCGAGGGCCGUAUCCAGAAGCAAGGAGGACGAGCAUCAGUCCACCGGCAUUCCUCCUUCUCAGACCCUCCGCUCUGACCACCUGGAGAUGGAACCGGAAACAAUGGAGACCAAAUCACUGACUGAGUACUUCAACAAAAUGCACAUGGAUGCUGUGAUGGGCAAGCGGCAAGGGAAGGUUGAUGACGGGACCUGCGGGGUUGGCGAAAACGAGCCUCGACAUAUGAAGACCUCAGAGGACAUUGUUGGGAGGUACAACAACUUCAACACAUUUUCGUUUCAAGAUUCCAGACAACAGAUUCUACACAACAAACCGAAGGACCACAUUUACUCAGAGUUGAUCGGCGAUGGCAGCGUGUCUUGUGCAAACCUGACACCCAAAAAGAGCAACAAAAUUGAGUCUGGUGACUCGAUCACGAUAAACCCAGGUAAACCCAGAGCACCCGGGAUGGACCUGAACGCUCUCUCUCCUGCAGAAGAAGCAUAUUUAAUUGAGCAAGCCGCCAACGAGCAGCAGCAAACGAAGGCUUCCCGGGCUGAGAAGGAGGUGACGCGGUUGUACGAGUACCACUUGACAAAGAGGAUGUCUUCGCUCCAGAGUGAAGGUAUUCACUCCUUGCAGAGCUCCCAGUGCUCUUCCAUCGACGCCGGCUGCAGCACUGGAAGCAGCAGCUGCGUGACGCCCAUGGACUCGCCACUCUGCACCGUGGAGAAUGUCCACUUGAUUUCCGAGUCCUCUCUGAAGGGACUCGGCUUCCCAAGCACAGACGAGAAAGGCUACAGCCAAAGCCCACACAGCAAACUCAUCCAUCAGAAUGUAGAUCCUACAUUUUUACGGAAGCACCACACUCCACCUGCUGCAGAGCCACCGAGUGGUGCAGGACGGGAGGGCUGCCAAAGGAUGCCCAAGAUUAGAGAAACUACAGUGUAGCACAUUGAAGACGGAGGUGAAGCUUGUGUUUUGCACUCAGUGCAUCUGCACCGAUCCUAACCAUUCAUGCAUAGCACAGAGUUUUAGGUGCCAAACCAGAGGUCUCUGGAGGUCCUGACGUUCUUCUUGUGAGCUUCCCCUGAUACUUCCCCGGCAAAAGGACCCCCACUCUGGUUGCCUCAAGAUGGAAUUUCCAUUGAAAAAAAAAUCACUUAUUGGCUCAGGGAGCUUUGAAAGAACCUAAAGUCAUAAAGACGAGUCUUCAGACCACAAAGAGGAGUUACAGAAUUCAGAAAAGCUGCCUCGAUCUCACAGCACGGGCUUCUGUGUUGUUACCAACUAAAAAAGGCAAAGAAUGACCACUCAAAUUCGGUCGAGAGGUCAGUCCAGUCCAAACAGCUCAAGCUUUAGUGGUAAUCACUAAACAUCGGUGGACACUGGGUACACUUUGGGAGUCUACAGUUGAUUAAAGGAUUCAGACUUCUAAGUGGACAUACGGUUGUAUGCAAAAGUUUGGGCACCCUGGUCAAGCAGCAUGUUUUGUUAAUUUUCUAAUUGAAAGGAAGUUCACAUACAUUCAUAUACAUGCAACUUAAAUAUGACACACGUCUUUUGAUGUUAAUGCACAACUGCCAUGUAUUUGCAAAAAUAAAUAUAUUAAAUGCACAAACAAACAAAAAUAAGUUGGAAUAAAAUGUGCCAUGUGACCAGAGCCAAGUUGAACUCUUAGGAUAUCACCAAAGGCAUGUUUAGAAGAGAAAAAAGCAGCAUUUGAUGAAAGGAACACCGUGCCAACUGUAGAUCUGUUUUAUUUUUGUCCACUGUGUUGUUAUGUUUAACUAGCUAAGCUACAAAAAAUAAAAAUUACAAUCACUACAGUACCAAUAAACAAAGUCCAACAGGUCAAACAAAAAGGGCCAGCCAGCCCUACGUUUCCUUUAUUUAAAAAAUAAAACAUAAAAAAUGGUCAAGUGAAAUGAUCUUAAAUCUGGUUGAUGUUUAUAAUAUUUCCCAUUUUCAGAUGGUUGUGCACUUAUAAUAUUCUUAUUUAUUUCCUGACAUUUUUACUUGUUUAAAAGUCAUUUUAAAUGAACUAUACUGGCAGUUAAUUUCGCUGGUUUCAAGCAAGUGUACUGAGACCACUUUACUGUGUGAAAUUGACUUAAAAGAAGUAAAAAAAUGUCUAGAAAUAAAUUAAAUAAUCUUAAAUUAAGCUUACAACAAUCUCAGCAGGAGAAAUAUUAGAUUUACUGAGAUCAUUUUACUUGACUAGAUGCUGUUUUGCAGUGUACCGGUAGGCCAGCAGAUCACAGCUAACAAUACUGGUGUGUCGACUGACGGGCAGCUGAGUAGCCAUCGCCACUCAGAACAUCAACAAAUUGUGACCAGCAGUGCCCAAACUCCUGCGUACAGCUGGACGGAUGGUGCAACACGUCCAGCAUGUCACCACAGCACAAGAGAUGGAGAUGAAGGUCAUGACAUGCUUGAUGUACUUGCUGAAACCUUCUGGGCCAAACCUCGGGCAGCAAGCACCGCUGACCAAAGCACCUCUGCAUUCUUCAUGAUCCCAACAUCUGGCUCGUGGUCAUUCAACAGCACUCGAGACCAUCUUUCAGAAACUUCAGACGACAGAACGCAGCUGAGUUUCAGCUACUUCAAAGCCAUACACGGACACACGGUUACAUCUGACCACCGGACAGCGGAGCGGUGACCGGAGUAACCCAGCUAAUCUGGCCAAUGUGAACUGCUUUGAUAAUCCAUGCCUUGUGUAUAUUUUGUGUAAUAUGUAAAAUAAAGAGAGGGAAUUCUACAACACAUAGAAUUUUUAAAAGACGAAAAUAUUAUUAUUCAUAAACCUUGGUAGACGCGUUCUUACGAUUAUAUUAUAAACGUCUGGUCAGCGGAUUUGCCUGGUUAUUUAUGUACGGACGCCUCACUCCAUCAGAACUACAGGACAUAUAAAUAAACAUGUUGAAAACAAUAAGCGAUUUCAGGCCACGUCACUAAUUCAGUGUAGAAAUCUUUUGCAUAAGGAGGUUUAUGAACAUCUUACAGUCAAAUGUGAUUUAUUUGCAUUAUCAAGCGUAUUAAAUAUUUCCUGUCAUCA